UUAGACUGCCCUGCUGCUUUAGAAAGAAUUAAAGAGGACAGACCAAUUACUAUCAAGGAUGACAAGGGAAACACAAGCAAGUGCAUUGCAGACAUUGUCUCUCUUUUCAUCACUGUCAUGGACAAACUCAGAUUAGAAAUCAGAGCCAUGGAUGAGAUUCAUCCAGAUUUGAGAGAGCUGGCUGAAACUAUGACAAGACUAAGUCUUCUUCCUCCUGAUUUUGAAGGCAAACAAAAUGUCAAAAAAUGGCUAGACACACUGGGAGACAUGCAAGCAUCAGAAGAACUGGACGAUGUUCAAGUCAGACAGAUGCUGUUUGAUCUGGAAUCUGCCUACAAUGGUUUUAACAGAGUUCUUCACGACCAUUGAAUAUUUUUUUUGUUACAGGCACAGCAGAAAGAAUUACAUAAAUUAAUGUCACGAUCAGCUUUUUCUUUCAUUUGUUUAAAGGAGAAAGCUUUAAAUUAGCAUCAGAGAGUGGAUUGAAAACUCUGAAACUGUAAUGCUUUUAAGUCAGAUAUAAGGGCUGUUUUGGUUCCUGUGGUUAGAGCUAGUUGCAACCCUGAUACGCAACUGGGUUCAGAGGAAUUAAGACCUAGUUCCUAGCAAA